UAUGUCAUCAACUCAAAGAGUAGAAUCAAUAAAUGCUAUCGUUCACAAAUAUGUUAUUCUCAUUCAUCACUAUUGGAAUGCUUUAAUGGUAUACAAAAUAUGCUCUCCUCUGAACUUCAAAAAGCAGAAUAUCGGGAUUACUUGUCUGAUUUACCUUUUAGCAUUGCUUCUUCUUCAGCAACUCAAAUUGAUGUAUGUUUUGAAUAUUAUUCAAAAAUAAUUCCUUUUGAACAAUAUGGUGAUUUGGAUAAUAUUGAUGAGUUUGAUACCUCAGCUU